ACAGAAUACAAAAAACACCCCUUCCUUUUACAGAAACAUCCCUCCAGGUAAUGCCGCCACACUCCCAAUAAAGUGGGCUCAAUUUCGGGAGGUGGCACCAGAGGCAGAAGUGGAGGGAUUCUUGAAACAUCAUGAUGACAAGUGGCUUCUUGUUUGUGACAUUGGUACUACUAUCAAUCUCAUCCUGUAACUCAGUGUUUAUAGGACGGGAAAUGGCUCACCAUGUGCUGAAAAAGCGAGCCAACCAUUUUAUAGAAGAAAUAAUGCCUGGCAACCUGGAGCGUGAGUGUUACGAGGAGACGUGUUCAAAAGAGGAAGCCAGAGAAAUCUUCAAAUCCCAAGAGAAAACAACAGAGUUUUGGUAUCACUAUAAAGAUCUAAGCCCAUGUAAAGAGAAUCCAUGCAAGAAUGGUGGAAUCUGUCAGCAAUAUCAUUACUCCUACACAUGUCUAUGCCCACCACGCUACCAUGGGAGGCACUGUGAAAAUGCCCGCCAUGAGUGCUGGUAUAACAAUGGAGGAUGCUGGCAGUAUUGUACAGACACAGCUCGGUCAAUGAGUGUGAUUUGCUCCUGUGCACAAGGAUACACCCUGCAGGAAGAUGGCAAAAGUUGUGCCAAGACAGGUCUCUUUCCAUGUGGCUUGACGAUCAGUUCACCACAUUCCAAACGGGCAGCUGGUAUGGAUUUCUCUCGCCAUGUUGUCACUAGGAGAUCUUUUUCUAACGAAGCUGAACUAACCACUCCUAAGACAAAAAUAAACGAGACAGCAGACAUAAACUACUGGAAUGAGACAUCCUGGAAAUUGACCAGUAACAAAACAUCUGAAAAUAACUAUAGCACUGAAAUUAACUGGAUAGGCAAUCAAACUAAAACUUCACCAAUAGAUGGAUGGAAUGAAACAAGGACAAUGAGAAAACUGGUCAAAAACAAAACUGAGUCUUCAAAUCUAAAUGAGACAAAAAGGUAUUAUAACGGGAACAGCACUGCUCAAUCAUUUUUAAAUGAGACAACUUUGGCUAAUAUUAAGAACAACACUGGUGAUGGAGAUGGCAGAAAUGAGACCACAAAUCCCCUUGAGGCAUCUAAACAUGAUGAUGAGGAUUUGAAAGAUUGGCCAGAUGACAAUUCUGAACUCUCUGAUGAAUAUGAUCAACGGAUUGUGGGGGGGACACGUUGUGAGCUUGGACAUUGCCCUUGGCAGGUACUGAUCCGCACUUCUCGUGGGCAGGAUUUCUGCAGUGGGAGCUUGAUUAGCAGCAGAUGGGUACUGUCUGCUGCACACUGCUUUGAGGGGCUUGAUCCACAUCAUGUUACUGUUGGGGAUUAUGACAAAUAUCGCAGGGAUCAAGAUGAGCAGAAGAUUGCUGUACUGCAAGUUUUCUCUCACCCAUACUAUCAGGGGUUGUACUAUGACCAUGACCUUGCCCUGCUAUUCUUGCGUAGCCCAGUUAUCUUCAGUAAAUCUGCUCGUCCUAUCUGCCUGCCCAGUCCAGUGCUUGGGCGUUUGCUAACUCAGGAAGGUGAAAUAGGACAAGUUAGUGGUUGGGGGUCAAUCAAAUUCUCCGGCUCCUUUAGUCGCUUUUUGCUAAGAGUACAACUACCUAUUGUAAGCCAGGAGACUUGUAUGGCUUCCACAGAUCAGGUGCUUACAGGAAACAUGUUCUGUGCUGGAUAUAGUGGGGAGGCCAAAGAUUCCUGUAAAGGAGAUAGCGGGGGGCCCUUUGCUGUUUCCUACCGUAACACCUGGUAUUUGGUGGGAGUGGUGAGCUGGGGUGAAGGCUGUGCUGCAGAGGGGAAGUAUGGGGCAUACACAAGAGUUAGUAAUUAUAUCCAAUGGAUAAAGGAGACAAUACUAGAGAAAGAAGGAGUAGAAGAGCCACUUGUAGCAACAUUAUGAAAUCAAGAGACGUUUUCUGUUCUUGUAUUUACAAUUCAGUCAUACUGUUGCUAUGUACAUCUGCAAUCCAAAGAAUUACAAAAAUGCUAUGCAAAUUGGAGGUAAAGAAUCUUUUUAACAAAACGUGUGUUUAUUGCUGUACUGUAUCACUUUUGAGGCUCAUUACAGACAUAGCAGAGUUAGGCAGUGUGCUCUUCCAGUUCUCAGGAUUUGAAUACACAAAAUGUUAAGAGUUAAAUUACAGGAAAAUAGGUCAAAAUAAACAAUGAAAGUAUACUGCACAGUUUUUUUUUUGUUACAGUGUAUAUUUAAACAUGUUAAAUUAUGAUCUAGAAGUGUCCCUUUAUUUAAACAGCUUUUAUAUGUUUAAUUGCUGUUCAUAUGCAUUACAAAAUGUAUUGUAUACAAUGUACCUUUAUAGAUAGACACAUAAAAUUACAUAUUGUUUUAAUUCAUAUAUUACUUAUAUGUACUAAAUUACAAUAACAUUGGUAAAUCAAUACAUGUGUGCAAUAAAGAGAUUACUUUUUCUGCCAAUACACAAAAAUCUAAAGACCAAAAAUGUUAGCCUAUAGACCAAAUGACCUACAGCCAAAUAUAAUUCAUCCAAAUGUAACAAAUAGUGAAGCUCUGGCUAAUGCGCAUCUCGAUUUCAAUAUAUUCUCAAUGUAACGUUGGUUUGUCUUUCUCUUUCAAUGCAGAGAAAAAGUUUGAUAGAGAUGCCUGGAAUUAUCUAGAGGUAGUAUAAGACACCUUUGGGGAAAGAUUUAUGACAAGACAAAUGCCUCGAUCGGUUGCAGCCGCGCUCUUUUGAGCCUCAAACUGAACUGCUGCUUCAUAAACUCUCAGCACCAAACUGGAGUUGGUGGAUGAAAAUCCCCCCAGAUUAAUUCGGCCGGGAUGAUUGACAAGCCCUGCUCUCAUACAAUUGGUUACAUGAGAGUAGGAGGGCGGCAUUGCACAAGUGUCCGUCAUGCAAUGAUAAAUAUGCAGAAAAUAUUCGCCCCACAAUUUGCGAUCAAGUUCACAACUUGGGUAUCCUGUCCGCUGGCAAAUUGAUAAAUCUUGCCUUUGUUAUAUGUGGUGGUCAUGUCCAUUUUCAUUGUCCCUUUUGGCCAAGCCUUAGGGCCCCACAAUUGCAUAGAAACUGUGUAUUGAAAAUGUGGUGUUGUUCUUUUAUGUCCCUGAGACCCCUUUUAUGUCAUAAGGUUUUUUUUGCACUUCUAUAAUGAAUGGAUAUAAAGAUUUACCUUUAUUGGGAUUAAAUGUUUAAAAUUGAAA